AUGAUGAUGCUGUCUACAGUACCUUCCACUUACGACCGGCUGUCGCCUCCAAAACUUCCCCCCAUUACCCAAAUCAUUCCUGGGAUCGACACUCUCCCGCGGCUACCAUUGCCCCUGGUACGACGAGACGGACCUUUUCAAUACCGACCCCAGCUCUACAUGCGGCUGUUGCCGCGAACGGGCCUGGUGUCGCCCAACCCGCCACCUCAACCUUCUACUAUUGCUGCUUGGCUCCCGCUGCCAUUAACCAGUCCCUCGCAACCAGGAGCCGACGCUCCUGUCUUAGUGCCUCCAGUAGCACUUGAGCCGCUUCCGCCGGACCAAUUUCACCAGUUGGCAAUGGAUACUGCCCGUGGAUUCGCCGUAAUCCCCCACGCCGACCCCCACCUCGUGUCUCUUGCCCAACACGAUUUGAACCGUUUCUACCACCAAGUGUGCGAUAUGGUUCCCGACACCGAUGGCGUUGACAUCGUUGCUCGUACUCGAGCCAUGCUUACUCCCAUAGUGUUGACACACUACUUCAGUCUCAGCCAGGCGUGCGCUGUCAGUGGGGUGAAGCCGCCGCCGAUUCCGUUUAAGCACACUCCACGCAUGUUUGCCAUCUUCACUCCGGCACACUUAGAGGCGAUGCGUCACACCGACGCCUCUCCCGAGCUGGCUCAGGCGUUGGCUCGUGAUCCCAGCUUCCACCCGAUUCUGUGGCAGGCGAUCUUGCACCAAUUUGCCGCGUUGGAUCGCCGCCGGGAGUCGCUGCCGGCAGUGCCGUCACACGAACAGACGGUGCUGGUGCUGCCGAAAGCUACCAAAAUUAGACGGUUCCUGUGUCCCUACUACAACUCGGCUCGCAAGUGUCUGCGGUUUGGCAGCUUCUCCCGGGAAAAGCUUCUCAAAAGCCACUUGCGCCAAGUCCACACGUCGUCCCGCAACGCCGAUACGGGUGCUAUUCGCUGCCGGGAGUGCCAGGUCACGUUUGAGCUGCACUCGCAGUUUUACCGCCACUGCCAGCGCUGUGCCCGACCUAAUUAA